ACAGCAGUAAGGAACCUUUUCUUUCAUGGCGGUCCCUGCUUGGACCAUAUUCAUACUUGUCAAACGCCCCUGCUGGUUCCUUCUGCACUUCCAUCAAAUCGACACCUUGGCCAGAAUUUUUCAUACUUGUCCAAUUUCAAAAUCAUCUUCUACACUCAUCCCUCGCCCAAACAAUAAAUCCCCUCUGCUAAUAAUACAACCCUAAAUCAAUUUCAUCCCAUGCAGCAAAUGGCGUGCAGGCUAACGAAGCUUCAGUCCAGGCUGACAAUGGCGUCUCUGCCGUCCACCACAUUCAAGCAAUCAUCGUCCUUGCAGAAAAAAAAUUUCAUCUGUCACAGACGAAGCAUUGGGCUUAAGCGCGGCUUCUUUGCGGCGGCAUCAAACCCUAGAACUAUCUUCCCCUGCCUCAAACCCUCAUAUCUUCUCCUGCCGGCAAACCGCUUACGAAUUUGCCAUAACCGUCUGGCCUUCCUCGCCUAUUCGCCCGAUACCCCGAAACGAGAAAUAAACCCUAAUCCCUCAUAUCCAACCCCCAGCGAGCCCGAUGUCCCGAAGCCAGAAAUUAACCCUAAUCCCUCCUAUCCAACCCCCGGCGAACCGGCAACCACCCCCGGGAAACAUCCUUUGCCGCCAGAAUCCCCUGAACCUUUACCGCCUGAAGUCCCUACCAAACCAGAGAUUCCCCCAUCGCCUGAUCCUUCUUGGCCUUCCGAGGUCCCCCAUGUUGACCCCUCUCCGCGGCCGGAAAUUUCACCGCCCGAUUCGGGAAAGACUUACCCUGUAGAACCGCCUACAGAAGUGCCGCUCAGAACAAUUAGCAUUCGAGAUCCGCCACUGUAUCCUCCUGGUUCUCCGCCGCCUGAUAUCGUUCCGCCAGUUACUCCUCCUGGUCUGCCUCCAGAUAUUCCGCCAAAUGUUCCGCCAAUUCCACCUCCAGAUGUUCCUCCAAUUCCCUCGCCAGAUUGGCCUCCGUUUCCAUGCCCUCCACCUCCUGACCCGUUUCCGCCUAUUCCUUCACCGCCUAUUAUGCGAGACUGGCCUUUGCAGGUUCCAUGGAUACCAAUUUUAAAUAUUAUCGGCUUUCAGUAAUGUAUUGUUCUCCAGCUCAGGGGCAUUGUUAGACAUUUAGAUGUGUUUUAUCACCCGGUUCUUAUUUUCAUCUAUAUUCAUUUCCUCAAUCUCACUAUGUAAUAGGUUAGCAAAAAUGUAUAUUGCUGUAAGUUGUAGUUCAAAUCCUUUUCGCAUGGGCAUUCUUAUAAAGCUAUGAAAAUUAGAUAAGUUGUCCAA